AUGAUUACCGCCCUAAAGAAAUCUGCUAAAUUACAAAUCUUUAUUGGAGCUAUAUUGGAGCUUCUUGAAUCAUCAACAAAUCUGCUACUACCGAAUCGCGGACAAAACAAGUGGAAAAUAAAGUACGGAACAAAGCGUUCGAAAUUUGGAAAUACUGAUCAUGAAUUGCCUUUAGACAAGGAAGAGAGAUUGAAUGCUGCAAUGGACAUAACCAAUGAUGAUAUCGACAUGAAUUUGAUUAAUAACGUUAUUUCCGGUGUUGCCAAUGAAGUCGAAUUCAACUCUAAUAACAAGAGUGGGAUGGUCAGAUACAUGCCUCAAAAUGGUAUGGAAUUCGAGACAAAGGAGGCAGCCUAUGCUUUCUACAGGGAGUACGCCAGGUCAGUCGGGUUCGGUAUCACAAUAAAAUCCAGCCGGAGGUCCAAAAAAUCCGGAAAAUUCAUCGAUAUAAAAAUUGCUUGCUCUAAAUUCGGUCACAAGCGCCAUUCAGCAACUGCGAAUACAAAUCCAAAGGCAUGCUCCAAAACGGACUGCAAAGCAAGCAUGCAUAUCAAGAAAUAUAAUCCAGAAGGUAAGUGGUUUAUAUAUGGUUUUGUGGAGGAGCAUAAUCAUGAAACCUGCCCAGAUGACUUUUUUAGUAAUGCUAUGAGGGGAAAGGGAAAGAAUGAUAGCUCUAAUCGGGCACAAAGUGUCGUCUCCUACUUUGACAGGUAUGUACACAAGGAAACCACAUUUGACCAGUUCAUCCAUCAACUCAAGCUAUUUUUGCGCGAGAUUUCAGAAGACGAAGCAAAAGCAGAGAGCGAAACUCGGCACGGCCAACAAGAAUUAUUUUCUUGUUCGCCUUUUGAGAUGCAAAUGUCUAAAAUCUAUACACGUGCAAUAUAUAAAUACUUUCAAGCUGAAGUUUCGGGAAUUCUUUCUUGUACUGUUGCAAUGGAGGGGGAGGAUGAGAAAACCGUAACUUACAGAGUUGAUGAUAUGGGAAGAAAGCAGAGUUUCACUGUAUCUUGGAACAAAAGAAAACACGAUGUGUGUUGUUUGUGCCAUUUGUUGGAGUCCCGUGGGUUUCUCUGCAGUCAUGCUUUGUCAGUUCUUCAACUGUCUGGCGUGUUCACUGUACCACCUAAGUAUAUACUUGAAAGGUGGACGAAAGAUGCAAAAGUCGGGAGCAUAACUCGUCAAGAGUCGAUUAGUACAAAUUUCAGGAUCCAGCGGCUUAAUGAUCUCUGCAAACUAGCAGUUGAAGUUGGUGAAAAAGGAUCUUUAUCAGGGGAAGCUUAUCGAGUUGCAUUUGGUGAUUUAGGAGAAACUUUGAAACGUUGUGUAGACAUGAGAAAUUCUUUGAAGAGCAAUCCAGGCCUUCUUCCAAUAGGUCAAAGAAAAGAAAAACCAAAGAAGAAAAAGAUACGAGCUGAGGCUGAAAAAUUAUCCACUGGGAUUCACGACGGCAGCCAAGAUGUGGAGCAGUUGAACUUGAACCAAAGAUCCCACAGCCUGCCCGACUCUUAUAUUUAUCAGCAGGGCUUGGAAGGAAUGGAAUUUGGAACACGAAUGCCUAUAAUCAAUGGGUAUUAUAAUGCAGAGCAUGAUGGUCACGAAUUACUGGGGCAUCUAAACGCAUUGCCUUCCUUGCACGGUUAUUACUACACCGAGCAGCCAUUUGUGCAGGGUGUUUUGGCGUCAUGUGUUGUUUCAGGGAAAUCAAAAUUCAGUCUCGACAUGUCAGCAAUCAUCCUACCCAACAAAAUUCGCAGGGACCGGUCAGGUAAAGAUGGAGAACAUGAAAGGAAAAGAACUGGAUGUGAGUUUUACAGUUUUAAGUUUCUUGCUUGUACAGUUGUACCAGUCUGUAUAGUAGCGGAGUUUCACGGUGUCAAUUCUAUUAUGUGGUGGAAACAUUCGUUUAAGUAUCUCUCGCAUUGCUGA